AUGGAUUAUUAUAUCAGACAUCAUCAGCCUCCAGGUGGCAACAGCGAAAAUAAAGUGGAAAGAGCACAAAGCUAUAUUGUAGACGGAUUAUGUGGUGGAGCAUCUUUACAGUGGGAGUCCAAAAAAGUGUUUCAUGGGCUAUGUGAAGAAUAAUUGGAAGAAUUGAGUUAAAAUUACAUUGAGGAACAUAAACUUAAGAGAAUGAAGUUCAAUACCUUCAAAGUAUGUGAAAAAGUUUCUCACAGACUUGAUGGUGCUCCAGGUCAGGGGGAUAUUUGAAAAGUUUUGUUGCUGAUUCAAUUGACAAAGUAUUCCUCUUUGAUAAGGAAUAUAUUGAUGAGUAUCUUUCAAAGCCCAAGAAUACCGUUGUUCCUGGAUAUCAUUAUCACCAGAGAUUGGAAAAAUGUCUUGAAAGUCGUUGUCGAAAGGGAGAGAAGUGUCUUGAGUUUGUCAAGUUUGAAUGCCAGAGUGAAACCGAGGGAGUCAUAUGUGAUUUUUGUGAUGGGAAAGACUGGGUUGGCCCCCAUGUAACAUAUGUUUCUGAACCGAUACCGGAUGAAUCAAAGCUGCCAGUGUUCCAUUUCUUGCAUGUACGGGACACUCCAUUAGAG